AUGCAAGGUAUGAUACAAGAUACAGGAAAAGAAACAAACAGAAAAGAAACAAACAGACAGACAGACAAACAAAAAACAGACGGAUUUUAUUCUCGAGAGGCCAAGGAAAAAAUGUGUCAGUUCAGUGUCAUUUAUGUGCAACUAAUGAGGACUUCGAGACUUCAACCGAACCUCGUGAAUCUCGUAAUUAUUUCUUGCUGCGUGCAAUCGAGAACGCCCCUUCAAACUCCAGAAGGUUCAUUCCCCGCUGAAGGACAACAUCGGCAGCCACAACAUCGGUUGUGCAAGUGCGAAUUUAAUAUGCUUUUGAUUUUCAAUAGGACAACUGAACGUAUGAUGAACGAAUGA